ACUGCCACAGAGACCAUGUUAAUAAAAUUUCACUAUUAUUUGUGUAAACCCGAAGACAACAUCUACAGUAUUGAUUUUACCCGCUUCAAAAUUCGAGAUUUAGAGACGGGGACAGUGCUUUUUGAGAUUGCCAAACCUUGCAUUUCAGAUCACCAGGAGGAGGAGGAGGGUGGAGAUGUGGAUAUCAGUGCAGGGCGUUUUGUCCGCUAUCAGUUCACACCAGCAUUUCUCCGACUCCGGACAGUUGGUGCUACUGUGGAGUUCACAGUAGGAGACAAACCUGUGUCAGACUUCCGGAUGAUCGAACGGCAUUAUUUCCGGGAACGCCUGCUGAAAAACUUCGACUUUGAUUUCGGCUUCUGCAUCCCCAGCAGUAGGAACACUUGUGAACAUAUCUAUGAGUUUCCCCAGCUUUCAGAGGAUGUCAUUCGUCUGAUGAUUGAAAACCCUUAUGAGACCCGCUCUGACAGCUUCUACUUCGUGGACAACAAGCUGAUAAUGCACAACAAGGCUGAUUAUGCCUAUAAUGGAGGCCAGUAACUGCUGCAGAAAUGGACAGAGGAGGUGCUUUGCUAGGGCCUUGUGCUCCUGGUGCAUGGAGGGGAUCGAAGCUGCUGUUUGUCAACAGACAUUUGGAAGCUGUCCAGGAUGCCGAGGCUGGGGUGGCCAUUUCCUGUGCUCUAGGGAGGUGCCGAGCAGUGUUGUGUUUUCUUCCCUCUUUUCUAGUCCCUUAGGUCACAGAGGUAUUAUAGUAAAGUAGAAGAUUAGGAUAAGGCUCCUGCAAUCCACAUUUAAAAGAAAGUUUAUUUCACGUAGUUCUAGAUGCCUGCAGGUUAUGCUGAUGAGUGGCAGGCUCUUCAGCACAGGUGUGUCUAGAUGAGGGCUGUGGCUGCCACCUGCAGCUUAGUGCAGCUUCUUGAGGUUCCUGGGUGCUGUGAGUAGCUGAAAGGUGGGCCUCUCCUGGGCGCCUCCUCUUCUCCCUUAGCCCAUAGCCCAGCCGGCCCCAGCCCCCACAUAGUCAUAAACCAACUGGAAAAAACUUGGUGCUGAGGGCUGAGGCACCAGUAAUGGGAGUUCCUGCCAGACUAUAGAGGACCCAUUUCGUGGUGAGCCUGUUUUCUGACUUCAGGAUCCUCCACCAGUCCUCCUGGGGAUAGACCAAGGUUUUGGCCUGGCAGUGCCUUCCUGUUCUUAUUCUGGGGGACAGAUGAGCUUGUUCUCCUUCUUUGUCCUCCUGACUUUUGAGUAUCUCCUGGAGUAGAAUAUGUCAGUUUUGCUCAUGGAACAUAUUACCUUUCAAGGCCAGAGAAGACCUUUUGUUUUUUGUUUUUUGUUUUUGUUUUUUUCCGGACUCCUAUAGAUGAGUUUUUAUAAAAUGUCAGUGGGGUUUUCAGCACAUCUGAUAGUAUUGAUCAGCCUUCUGGGGUGAAUCUGGCACAUGUUAGGGGAGGUAUAGUUACAAAACAGUACUCUAUACAGCACAGCCUGAAGAAUCAGCUUCUGAUACGGCUUUGUCUCCUUAACUCUGUGGAUUUCUCACUUAGGAGUUUUCCAAUGAAGGAGUUUUCUGGAACCAUCUGGCAAGCCAGACCUAUGUAAUUUGUAUUCAGAUCCUUUAAGCUGCUAGCUGGAAUUAUUUGGGGUGUUUGGAAAGGGUGAGAUAGGCUCAAGUAGCCUAUCAGAGUGAUGUGUCCUCCAAUCAGCUCCCUAGCGCUUCCUGUGGGCUUCUUGUGUGCAUGGAACCUUACAGGAUAGGCACCCUCCUCUUCAGCUGCCUCUGGCUGUCUCUCUGGAUGGCUUUAGGUGCUUAGCCCAGACUCCAGGACCCCUCUGUGGCCAGGGUGCACUUAGCAUUAAUAGAAAGGUGUCAGUAGCAGCGGACCAGGAGGGUAGUGACGCGCUGUGAGGCCUCACUGUAACUGUGACAGGAGCUGUGUCCAAGGCUCUUAGAGGCACGCACCUUUGUGUGUGUGUGUGUGUGUGUGUGUGCCAGAGAUCGAACUCAGGACCUUGCGCUUGUGAGGCGGGCAGUGGAACCACUGAGCUAAAUCCCUGGCCUGUCCAAGGCUCUUAGAGAAAGGCCGUGUGUAGCCAGGGAAAGAAGGGCCAGCACUGUGCCCCAGAGGCCCGAGUGCAUUCUUCAGCCAGAGUUCUUUCCCGUUGGGCUUCUAGAGUGGCCUUGAUGCUCAGCCUGUGCUUUGUGCCUGUUCGAACAAUUGGGGGUGCUGUAUGCUGGCAGUUUUCUCACUGAGUGAGUGUCCUGAGAGCUGGCAUGGGGUCCCCCUGCCGAAGGGGGAGGGGAUGUGUGCCCUGCCACAUGGGCUCCUCAUCACCAUACUGGUGAGUUUCAGAGUAGGAGUUGGCUCCAAAUCCAGGUGCCUUAAGUGUGGCUCUGUCCCAUGUGCUGCUGGGGAAAGCUGUCACUGUCAUUUCCUCCUCCUCACCUGUGGACAGACAUCACCCGCCACUUCCCUACCUUCCUGUCUUUCUCACUGUGGCUCCUUUAGUGAGAUUACCUGUUCCUCUCAAGCUUCAAAUGUUCCUUCUUCUGUGACAGAAUCCCAGUUGGGAGCGCUUCUGCCAUCCAAAAUUUAAUCACCUAGGGUGUGCAUUCUGGAGCUGGCCAGUGCUCUGCUCAGUGAAGCCUGUUUCAAAAAUUGGGCCUGGAGAAGGUGGUUGCGUGGACACUAGUGGGCUGCCUCUUACCUACAGUGUUAGCUUUUGCUGGCAAAGCACUCAAAAGGUGAAGGAGCUGGGCACUUUGCCUCAAGUGGUGUGGUAGCUCCUUCCGUGUUAACUUGCUUAGUCUCGCUGGAGACCAUUUUGAGGCCUGGUGUUCAUUUGUGCCCAGCAGGGUGAAAUUUGCUGUCCUUUGCUUUCAAAGGUCCAGUGUUCUGUGUCUAGCUCUGCGGGAAAUCUGGAGAAGCAUUACCAUUCUGGGUGUUAGCUGGGUUGAAUUUAAAAUUGAAGCUUCUAGCUGGUCUUGGUGGCACAUGCCUGUAAUUCAAGCACUCCAAGAGGCUGAGGCAGGAGGAUUGCUGAAAGUUUGAGGUCAG